GAGGGAGGGGGCGCGGCGGGAGGGGGCGCAGGGGGCGCGCGGCGGCAGCGCGGCUGGGCGGGAGGCGCGGCGGCUGGACUGGCGGGCGGCCGCCUCGCAGGUGCACCUCGGGCUUUGUAGGUGCGAGCGUCUUUGUGCGGCGGACAAAUGGGGAGAGGACGAGGAGGUGGGCACUCGAGCGACGUAAGAUCCACAUCAGCUCAACUGCACUCCUCUCGCAGAGGCCGCCCGCUCACUUCCCGCGGAGGCGCUCCCGGGCGCCGCGCUCCGCGGCCGCCGCCUGCCCCCGCCCGCCGCGCCGCCUCCGCCUCCGCCGCGCACGCCGCGCCCCGCAGCGCCGGGCUUCCUCCUCGCCCGGGUGGCGUUGGGCUGGCGCGGGCGCUCGGGUGACUGCAGCGGCUCGGCUCCCCGCCCCCGGCCCUGCGCCGCGCGGCCGCCCGUCGCUUCGCACAGGGCUGGAUGGUUGCUUUGGGCAGGGUGGCUCCAGGAUGUUAGGGACUGUGAAGAUGGAAGGGCAUGAGAGCAGCGACUGGAACAGCUACUACGCGGACACACAGGAGGCCUACUCCUCCGUCCCGGUCAGCAACAUGAACUCGGGCCUGGGCUCUAUGAACUCCAUGAACACCUACAUGACCAUGAACACCAUGACCACCAGCGGCAACAUGACGCCGGCUUCCUUCAACAUGUCCUACGCAAACCCGGGCCUGGGCGCCGGCCUGAGUCCGGGCGCCGUGGCGGGCAUGCCGGGCGGCUCCGCGGGCUCCAUGAACAGCAUGACGGCGGCGGGCGUGACGGCCAUGGGCACGGCGCUGAGCCCCGGCGGCAUGGGCGCCAUGGGCGCGCAGCCCGCGGCCUCCAUGAACGGCCUGGGCCCCUACGCGGCUGCCAUGAACCCGUGCAUGAGCCCCAUGGGGUACGCGCCGUCCAACCUGGGCCGCAGCCGGGCGGGCGGCGGCGGCGACGCCAAGACUUUCAAGCGCAGCUACCCGCACGCCAAGCCGCCCUACUCGUACAUCUCGCUCAUCACCAUGGCCAUCCAGCAGGCGCCCAGCAAGAUGCUCACGCUGAGCGAGAUCUACCAGUGGAUCAUGGACCUCUUCCCCUAUUACCGGCAGAAUCAGCAACGCUGGCAGAACUCCAUUCGGCACUCGCUCUCCUUCAACGACUGCUUCGUCAAAGUGGCGCGCUCGCCGGACAAGCCGGGCAAGGGCUCCUACUGGACGCUGCACCCGGACUCCGGCAACAUGUUUGAGAACGGCUGUUACUUGCGCCGCCAGAAGCGCUUCAAGUGCGAGAAGCAGCCGGGGGCCGGGGGCGGAAGCGGGGGCGGCGGCGGCGGCGGCGGCGGAGCCAAGGGCGGCCCCGAGAGCCGCAAGGACCCCUCGAGCGCCGCCAACCCCAGCGCCAACUCGCCCCUCCACCGCGGCGUGCACGGCAAGGCGGGCCAGCUAGAGGGCGCGCCGGGCCCCGGGCCCGCCGCCAGCCCCCAGACUCUGGACCACGGCGGGGCCACGGCGACAGGGGGCGCCUCGGAGUUGAAGACUCCACCCUCCUCGGCGGCGCCCCCGAUCAGCUCCGGGCCCGGGGCACUGGUGUCCGUGCCCCCCUCCCACCCGGCGCAUGGCCUGGCACCCCACGAGUCCCAGCUGCACCUGAAAGGGGACCCCCAUUACUCUUUCAACCACCCCUUCUCCAUCAACAACCUCAUGUCCUCCUCGGAGCAGCAGCACAAGCUGGACUUCAAGGCCUAUGAGCAGGCACUACAGUACUCGCCCUACGGCGCUGCGUUGCCCGCCAGCCUGCCCCUCGGCAGCGCCUCGGUGGCCACCAGGAGCCCCAUCGAGCCCUCAGCCCUGGAGCCGGCCUACUACCAAGGUGUGUAUUCCAGACCCGUCUUAAACACUUCCUAGCUCCGUGGGACUGGGGGUCUGUCUGGCAUGGCCAUGCUGGUAGCAAGAGAGACAGAGAGAGCGAGAGAGAGCGAGAGCGAGAGCGGGAGAGAGAGCGAGAGAGAGAGAGAGCGAGAGAGAGAGAGAGAGAGAGAGAGAGAAA